CCAGCAGCCAGAGACCACCGGCCCGCGCCGCACACACCCCUCCGCGGACGGCGACUGGUGCACCGACACCGGCAGCGGCCUCCUUGCUGCCACCUCCCGGAGACAGAGGCUGGGCCGGCCCGCGCAUGCGCAGCGAGCCGCCGCAGAAGCAGCCCUGCCCGGCGCCACCCGCAGACGCCAUGGCCGUGGUCAGGCUCUCCCUGCUCAGGGUCACCCUCGAGGUCACCGUCAUACUGCUAGAGGGCCUGGCCGUGCUGUUCAUCUUCCUGUUCGGGAAGCCGUUCCGGCGCGGCUUCUUCUGUGACGACGAGUCCAUCCGGCACCCCGUCAAGGCGGACACCGUGCCCUCGCUCGCCCUCGCACUCGUCGCUCUGGGCCUGCCGCUGCUCGUGGUGGUGGUCACGGAGCGCGUGGUGUGCGGCGCGCGGCCCCGCAGUGGCGGCGGCGGCGGGGGCGUGUCGUUGUCAUUGUGCUCGCGGCGCGCGGCGGUCGCCCGCUGGGUGUCGCGCGCCUCUGCGGCCGCGCUGGCCUUCCUGUGGGGCGCCGGCGCGCAGCAGCUGCUCGUCGACUCGGCCAAGCUGGUGGUCGGCCGCCUGCGGCCACAUUUCUUCACCGCCUGCCAGCCCGACGUCAACUGCUCUGCGCUGCAGCCGCCCUACACCUACAUCACCGACUACACCUGUCUCGGGACCGACCCGGACAUCAUAGAGGAGGCCAGGCUUUCCUUCCCGUCUGGCCAUUCUUCCCUGUCGUUCUACGCCGCAGUUUUUACAAUUAUCUACAUCGGGCGCACGGGCGGCCCCUGGGCGGCGACGCUGCCGCGUCACCUGCUGCAGUUCGUGCUCUUCCUGGCGGCCUGGUGCUGCGCCCUGUCCAGGGUCUCCGACUACAUGCACCACUGGAGCGACGUCCUCGCCGGAUCCUCCAUAGGCACCGCCACCGCCAUCCUCACGAUGAUGUUCGUGCAGCCGCAGCGGCGGCGCGCUUCCGGAGGCCCGGCUGCGGGGGCGGCGGAGGCGUUGUCGGAGGGCAACGUGUACGGCAGCGUCGACGGCAGCGUGCCGCCCGCGUGACGUCACAGCCCGCAGCCUGCCGGCGGGGGCGGCGGGGGCGGCGCCAGCGGCCCCCGGCCUGCUGCCUCACAGGCGUCUCCAGACACAUGACCGACUGCUGCAGGGAGCCGUGGAGGAGCCGAUGAAUUGCCGUCAGCUGGUACCCCUCUUCCCAGCCGUCGGACUUUCCAUGUUCUUAAGAAACUCCCAACCUCACGUGUGGCUGCGUCGCAAUGAAGUGCCUAAAAGUUCGGGCUGAACAAUAGUACAGUGCGUCUGACGAAUCCUUUCUCUGAGCAGUGACGAUGCUGGUUUCUGUUGGCACAAAAAUAGUGCGACGGUAAAGGUAGGACGCUCUGCGGGUACAGAGCAGUCAAGGAAAGUGUGUGCUGGACGAGCUGCGUCAUAAUACUGCUAACAAUGAGUGAGCUUCGUCGCCCAGGUAAAGCUCAUUUGCUGGGUUCACAGAUGAAAAGGCUCGAAUAAGCAGAAUAUUCGCUCCAACAACUCCUUUCUUUACGCGCUUCUUAGGCUACGACUGAUUUCGAAACAUACCAUUUGACUUUGUGAUCAUAUGUUCACCAUAACCAAAGGAAUAUGUCGAACGCUCAAAAUAGCUCAGCAGGAGCCACAUUCUGUUGGGUACCUCCACAAACCAUCUACUUCCAUUAGAUAUACGACAACGUGAAACUGCCCUGUGUUCAUAAUAUUCAGUUUCCCGAGGCACAGAUUGCAAUACACAUUUACACACAAAUUGGCAUGUGUUUGUAGCACUUGGUAAAUGUAAAAUUUCGUCGUCAGUAUGCGUAUCCUUUACAGAGAAGGAACGCAGACAGCCUCAGAAUAUUGAAGACUGUAGUGUGUGGUGAAAAAGGUACACAGACAAAUGGACUUUUCAAACUGUUUACCUCGUGCCCAUUUUGGUUGAGUAUGAACAAUUGCAGUGCUCAACGUAACUGACUACUUACCGCGUUCAAAACCUGUGUUAGGAAAUGAACCUCCUUUGUUCCUGGCACACAUUUCACUGGUUCGAGUUGUAUUAUGCACUUGCUGAAAUAUCAAUGUAUUCAGGGUGCGGCGGAAACUACUUGUACAUUUUUCGACGGAUGAUAUAGAGCAUGAUAACCAUCUUUCUUAGAUAAGAAAGUGAGAGAGGGAAACUGAUAGCUUGCUCUCCGCCCCUUCCUCCACCCCCCUUGUCCCCCCCCCAACCCCCACCCA